AUGGCCUGGUCAUCGGGGAGAAUGCCUCGAUGGACAAUUUCCUGUCUUUCAAUUCUGCUUCUCCUGUUCUUUGUCUCACCCGCAGUCCCGGUCAAACAUCACGAUUUCAAAAGAUGUGAUCAGUCGGGCUUCUGCAAGAGAAAUCGAGCUCUUGCCGACUCGAUGAUCGAGAAAGGGAGUCCCGCCUCCUCGCCCUACCGGUUAGAUGUUUCCUCCAUCAAGUUCAAAGACGGACAAUUACAAGGCUCCAUUGUCAAACCGAUACCAGGCAACGAUGCCGUCAAGUUGCCAUUGACGAUCGCGUUUCUUGAUCGUGGAAAUGCUCGCGUCACCAUUGAUGAGGAGAAGAGGAGGAAGGGCGAAAUCGAACUUCGACAUGGGAGCGUGGCGCGCAAGGAGAGAUACGAUGAAGCUGGCGCUUGGGCCUUGACUGGAGCCGGCCUCCAGAGUCAGAGGACGGCAACAUUGAAACAAGUGUCCAAAGAUGCCACCGAAGUGUCGUGGGGACCUGAUGGCCACCUCAAGGCUGUCAUUCGUCAUGCUCCCUUUGGGAUGGAAUUCUGGUCCGGCGAUGAGAAGCAGGUUGUGCUCAAUGGCCGUGGAUUCAUGAAUGUCGAGCAUUGGCGGCCCAAGAUCGACAAACCAGCGGCAGAUGAGAACCAAAUCGAACAGGAAAUCAUCGAACCGGCGGAAGACGAGAGUACAUGGUGGGAAGAGAGUUUUGGGGGCAAUACCGACUCGAAACCCAAAGGCCCGGAGAGUGUUGCAAUGGACAUAACUUUCCCUGGUUAUGGUCACGUCUACGGUCUGGCAGAGCAUGCUGGACCGUUGUCGUUGAAGGAGACUCGUGGCGGAGAGGGCCAUUAUGAUCAGCCAUACCGGAUGUAUAACAGCGACAUCUUUGAAUACGAGCUGGACAGCCCAAUGACCCUGUAUGGAUCCAUUCCAUUCAUGCAAGCACACAAGAAAGAUUCCACAGUUGGUGUCUUUUGGCUCAAUGCCGCAGAAACGUGGGUGGAUAUUGUCAAGUCGCAACAUGGAGCCAAUCCCCCAACGCUCGGUCUUGGUGGCGAUGUUGUCGACACCCAUACACAUUGGAUGUCGGAGAGCGGUCUUCUGGACGUAUUUGUUAUGCUCGGACCCAAACCCCAAGACCUGGCGCGGUCCUUUGGCGAGUUGACUGGUUAUACCCAAUUACCAGCCACAUUUGCCAUGGCCUACCACCAAUGCAGAUGGAAUUACGUGAGCGAUGAAGAUGUGAAGGAUGUCGACCGCAAGUUUGACAAGUUCAACAUCCCAUACGACGUCAUUUGGCUCGAUAUCGAAUACACGGACGACAAGCAAUAUUUUACCUGGGAUCCUCUCAACUUCCCGAAUCCCAUAUCCAUGGAGAGGCAGCUUGACGAGACUGAACGCAAGCUCGUGGUCAUCAUUGAUCCACAUAUCAAGAACAAGGCCGGAUAUUCCGUGGGAGAGGAGCUCAAAGGGAAGGGCUUGGCGGUCAAGAACAAGGACAACAAUAUCUUUGAAGGGUGGUGUUGGCCUGGAAGUUCUCACUGGAUCGACACAUUCAACCCCGCUGCAAGGGCCUGGUGGAAGUCACUUUUCACUUACGACAGAUUCAAAGGCACGAUGUCUAACGUUUGGCUUUGGAACGACAUGAAUGAGCCUUCCGUCUUCAACGGCCCAGAGAUCACCAUGCCUCGAGACAACAUUCAUCACGGUAAUUGGGAACAUCGUGAUGUGCACAACAUUAAUGGAAUGACAUUCCACAAUGCCACAUAUCAUGCUCUUCUGGAACGCAAGAAGGGCGAAGUCCGACGCCCCUUUGUUCUGACACGAUCCUUCUAUGCCGGGUCGCAGAGAACCGCGGCCAUGUGGACUGGCGACAACCAGGCCAGUUGGGGUCAUCUUGCGGCUUCUCUUCCGAUGGUUCUCAACCAGGGGGUCAGUGGAUUCCCUUUUGCAGGGGCCGACGUUGGUGGCUUCUUUGGCAACCCCAGCAAAGAGUUACAGACCCGAUGGUACCAAGCAGGCGCAUUCUACCCAUUCUUCCGCGGGCAUGCUCACAUCGAUACUCGCCGACGUGAGCCGUAUAUGCUCGGUGAACCGUACACCAGUAUCAUGACCCGAGCCCUCCGAUUGCGAUAUGCUCUGCUUCCGGCUUGGUAUACCGCUUUUCAUGAAGCUUCCACCGAUGGCUAUCCCAUCGUCCGAUCACAAUACUUUGUGCACCCCGAAGACGAGAACGGUUAUACGAUAGAUGAUCAAUUCUACCUGGGCUCCACUGGCCUGCUGGUCAAGCCGGUGGUUACCGAGGGCGCCGAAAGCGUCGAAAUCUAUCUGUCCGAUGACGAGAACUACUAUGAUUAUUUUGACUACACAGUUUACGAUGGAGGCUCAAAGACGCACAAGAUUGAUGCGCCGCUGGAAAAAUUGCCUCUGCUUAUGCAAGGCGGCCACAUCGUUCCCAGAAAAGAUCGACCACGAAAAAGUUCCGGCUUGAUGAAAUGGGAUCCCUUCACCCUGGUGAUCGUCCUCGACAAGAAAGGUGAAGCUGAAGGGACAGUUUAUGUUGAUGAUGGCGAAACAUUUGACUACCAGCAAGGUGCUUACAUUCACCGUAAGUAUUCCCUGGUCAAUGGAUUGCUGAAGAGUAGCGACAUUGGCACCAGGGGAGCAAAGACACAAAAUUAUCUCAAGACGAUGAAAGAUGUCAAGAUUGAAAAGAUCAUUGUGGUCAAUGCCCCAGCCGAAUGGUCGACCAAGGACAAGGUGACGGUGAUAGAAGAAGGAGUCAAAGGGACCUCAACAGCAGAGUUGAAUUAUCAUUCAGCUACAGGGAACAAGGCUGCAUGGGCAGUGGUCAGGAGUCCUGGGACAAGCAUUGGAGGGGUGUGGACUAUUGAAUUUCCUGAAGGAUCUAGUCGAAAGACGGAUCUGUAG